UGCACAGCAGGAGAAGACCAGGCGGGUCCCUGUCCCCUGCAGUCCCGACAAUCCCCAAACAAAAGCGAGUCCCGGGAUGGGCAACAGUCUGAAAGCCAUAGUUGCUUUUGUGCCCUCCGACGAAUGCCAGAAGUACCUCCUGGAAGACCUAGAGGAGAUGCCAGUGGAUAAAACGGUGGAUCUGAGCGGCAGGCAGCUGAGGCGGCUGCCUCUGCACAUUUGCUCUUUUCGGGAACUGGUCAAGCUGUACCUGAGCGACAACAACCUCAACCAUCUGCCCCCCGAGCUGGAGCAGCUGCAGAACCUGCAGAUCCUGGCGCUGGACUUCAACAACUUCAAAGCGCUGCCCUUGGUGGUGUGCACCCUCAAGCAGCUGUGCAUCCUCUACCUGGGCAACAACAAGCUCUGCAGCCUUCCCCUCGAGCUCCGGCUCCUGCAGAACCUCAAGACCCUCUGGAUCGAGUCCAACUGCCUGCAGUACCUGCCCGAGGUGGUGUGCGAGCUCAGCCUGCUCAAGACCCUGCACGCCGGCUCCAACGCGCUGCGCAGCCUCCCCACCCAGCUGCGGUGCCUGCAGGAGCUCCGCACCAUCUGGCUGUCGGGCAACCUGCUGUCUGAGUUUCCCCCCGUGCUCCUGGACAUGCCUUUUCUGGAGGUGAUCGACGUGGAUCGCAACUCCAUCCGGUUCUUCCCCAGCCUGGCUCACCUCCCUGGCUUGAAGCUGGUGAUCUACGACCACAACCCCUGCAGGAACGCGCCCAAAGUGGCCAAAGGGGUGCGGAGGGUGGGCAGGUGGUCAGAGGAGACCCCCGAACCCCGCAAGCGGUCCGGGGCGGUGAUAGAAAUCACACUCGAUGAGAAACCAUCGCCACCUCCUGCCGCCAAGCCCGAACCAGAAGCCGAGCCCUGCUGAUGCUCAGCUGCCCGCUCUGGUAAAGGUUGCAGCGCACCCACAACGCUGCCCAGCCUCCACUUCUCCCCCGCUUGCUGGUGUCUGUGGAGCACCACACCGCCCGGCUGGUCUUCAGGAGUAGCUGCACCAGCUUAGAGCUAGGUGACAGCAAACUCUCUUGUACAGACACCCUCUUAUGCACAGCACGCAGCACUCUCUAGAGCAAAAACUUCCUCCCUUUCCCAUGCAGGGACCACUCAAAAGUUUGCGUAGAGAUGAUGGCACAGUUUAGAUGUUUUCCAUGGUUGAAUUGCACAGAGCACGUACGGAGUCCCUGCUCUUCACCCAUGGGCUUGCUCUUCUCCCUUCCACCUUGCCAAGCUGUCCGGGCUCAGCUGGAAACUGCUGUUCGAGGUGAUCGCUGCUGGGAGUCACAGCGCUGAAGUAACCCACAAGGUUUGUCUCAAACGACUUAUCUGAAACGCAGCAGCAACAGCUUGAAGAAGGUGGCCCUGCCUGCCGCCUGGGAAGCGGUAGCGGAGCCCUGGCUGCGCUAUCAAGGAAACAGCCAGCUCUCCUCUUACAGCUGCCGCCUUCGUCCUGGAAAAUUAGCGACCGCUUGUUUUGCUAUUGCCAAGCGGCUUUUUAAACGGGGGUGAGGAACGCAAGAGGCUUUGCUGCUUGUUUGUAUGUAACUGGCAACGCUGCCUAUAAGGGCAGCUGCACGCGACGACUUUUCAUGCGGUAGCAAAGAAGAACAUCAAAGCCUGACUAAGUCAGAAAAACCACGAGAGCUGCAAAGACUUGCAUGAAUAAGGCCCAGGGCUGGGAUCCUGCCGCUACAGGGCACACGCAGAAGUUGAAGCCGAGGCAAACUUUACUCAGUUGACUUCAGUUGGGUGUUUCUCCAGCUUGCAACUCGCACCGGUUCUGAUCCCCUUCAAAACACACUGAACUCUUUUUUUUUUUUUUUUUUUUUUUUUAAAAAAAGCACGUUUUGCUUUAAUUGUUUAACACAGAAAUCUGGCUCAAAAUGCCAUUUUUAUCUUUUGAUUCCAUGGCAUGGAUUAUCAAGUUUGGUAAAAGCUUUUUAUUUCCAACAAAAAAGUCUGGGGAGCCCUUGGUGGUGCAGCACAGCCACGUACAUCCCUCUCUGCCUGGCUCCUCAGUGGGACCGUCCCGGCAGCGCAGCCAGCGGAUCGGCAAUUGACUUCCCAGAAAAGGUUUGAUUCAAUGCCAGUUUGUGACUGCUCAAUGUCAUUUACAUGCUUGAAAAAUUAUCUGGAAAUACAUAGACUCUCCUAGCGCUUGCCCUCCUGUUAAAGGAGGUCUGAAUUUGGAUCCGGCUGGCACCCACAUAGUGUGCUUACUAGUCGUUAAAUUAAAUAAAACGUACUAGUGUCUCGCUGAGUUAAACCAUCCUUUUUUGGAACUAACUGAAUUCUCCCUUUACGAAUUAUCUAAUCUUUUCCAACAAACUAUUUCUUCCUACAAAAUUAUUCAGCAGGGUAAGAGUUUGGGCCCUUUUUUUAACACCCAGGUUCGAUGUUUUUAUUUCCUAUGGAAGCGAUUGGUACUUUAUUUAUCUGAGGGGGUGGGGAAGGUGUUUUCACCUGCUCAUCAACGGUUUGUAUUUAACAGAGCACUCUCUGCACAAUAUUGUCACUUUUAGAGAUCUGAAGAGUCUGCUUUGAGAGUUUGAAGGAAUGUUCCAUACGCAGAUUCUCUUCCUUUCAGGAAACCAAAGGGAGAAAAAAAGUUUGCACAGGCAUUUUCUUGAUUUCCAGUAAUCUCCCUGCUUGGGCAGACUUCCCCUGCUGUUUGCCGAGGUGCUGCGUUACCCUGGCAGGGGCCAGGAGCGUGACAAUGCCCAGGUGGCACCUCCUGAGGGGCUCCCACACGGAUGGGGUGCCUCCACCUGUCUCUGCUUACAGUCAUCGAGAACCUGCAUAGAGUGGCACAGGCAUCGGGGACCCCCUCGCGACCUCAGCAUAGGGAAACUUGUCCAAUUCAGAAACAUGUUGCCUUUGCAGCAGCUACUGGAGGAGGGAAGCGGAUGUACAGGUCGGGCACAAGUGGUAGGAAAGGAGGGAAAACAAAAAAGGGAAUGCGAUGCAAACUGACAUUUUCCACUAAGCGCCCUCUUUUUUAAGUGUUUGUGAAGUCAAACACAGAUUGUUUGGUACGAGAUGCUGACACUUCUCACGAACUGCAUCUUCCUCUCACCACCACCCCUCCCAGCAGAACUCCUAUCUACAGAAAAUUUGUGGUGUAAAAAGCUGUAAAAUCCCUUAAGCUGUAGUUCUGGACAUUGACCAAGGUUUUUCUUGGUCAGCUUUUUCUCUUCCUUUUAUUAUCAAAAAACAAGUAAUACUCCAGUAUCACCAGAAAAUAGUAACAGUUAACUUUAGAGCCCGUUUCUAGGACCCCAAUGCAAAGCGUGGACAGCCAGGACUGGAAUAAACCGCUCACACUGAACGCACCAAGUCAACCCAAACCAGCAAGAUGCAAAGG